AUUGAGAUCGAAUGCUUUUUUUUAUAUUUAUAUAUAAAAGCAUUUUUUAUAUUUAUAUAUAAAUGUACGAAUUGUAUUAGUUAGUACAGACUGAUUAGCAGUUAAAUCACAUGAAAUCUUAUCAUACAUUUUGAACAAGUCUCUAACAAAAAAUUCUUAUCAUAAAUCAUCGAUAUCAAGAUAACGGUAUUCUUUUUUCGUUUUAAGUUUUAAGAUUGGAAACGAAAGGUCUGUUUGUGAACUAUAAAGUGGAAUAAUAUGAAAAGAUAAUGAAACUAUUGUUUCAUAUUUGUUUCAUUUUGUUUCAUAUUUAAUUACAAGUGGGAGGUACUUUAUGGUGUAACAAUAAAUAAUUUUUACCUCAGAGUUCCGACAAGUAUUUUUGUGCUACCCAGCGAUAACAAAAGAUAUAUAUGAAAGAGAAGGAAUUUAAUUUAUUUUAAUUGAUUACACGAAUAAAGCCAUUAUCGCACUCGACAAAGUGAUUUUCUGAUAGAGCGAUCUGAUUUUUAUUUCCGAUAAAACUGUCGCUUUUCAUAAAUCGCGAUAAUACGACGACAUCGAUGCGUAUUUACAUGUUUUUGAUGACCGGCGCGAGAAUAAUCGCUGAUAGCGUUAUCGAGCUGCGCGACGCGGAAAAUUCGGUGAUUAGUCGGCAGAAGAACUCGUUGACUCAACAGUUUAUACACAUCAAAACCUCGAUAGAAUAACAAUUGACAGAGAGAACACACGAAAUUAUACUGCACAAUGCGAAUCGUCCAGAAGUUCGCGCGGAAUCGAGAUAAUUCCUCGCGAGAUUAUCAGAGAUAUAUAGACGCAAAAACCCAAACCCUCGCUCCUCUGCGUUCCACUUCGUGAGAGGUGGAAAAUGCGAGAAAUCGUAUAUGCGACGCGGGAUAUCGGCUAGCCGGCGCUUGUAUUUGUUUAAUAAAGUGACCGCGAAGAGUGUACUCUCCAAGCGAGUGGACUCCAGCUCGUUAUCAGCGAUAUCAACUAGCAGAACGGAGAGACGACCAACCGGGCGGAAGGCUGUUAACGAGCCGUGUGGUUGGGCAAUGAUUAUCGAAAGCACUGACAACUGCUGAUGACGACGGCGAGUCACUGACGCUCCUCUCCACCUUUUUCAAACAGUCGUGGAGAAACCCGCGGGCCGAUGCUAUCGUGAGCGUGGAUUAUCUAUUGGGCGAUCGCGCGCGGAAUCGAUAACACGAAAUAGAGCGAACGUAUGAGUGAGUGUUGCUUCUCAAUUCGGGCUAUGAGAGGAAAAAAAACAGGAAAGAGAUAACACUGCUGCUGAUCAAUUCGAAAGAAUGCGGUGCUUAAUGAAACUGCAACAGUAAAUACUCAGCAUCAGGGGAUCAGUCAUAUUAUAAUCAGUCAUUUGCGCGAUAAAAUACAUAAUGUAUGAAAUAUUAAUAUGUAGAUUACUUUCCGCCGCACUGCGAAGACGAUAUUUUACCAUUGACAACAAUUAACGCUAUCUCGUAUAGUUUUAUUAAUUUUUGCAAGUUGCGAGCGAAUCUGUAUACAUUCUUAUUCGUGCGCGAAUAUCACAUAUUAUGUUAUAAUUGAAUAUCGAUUGUCAACGGUGAAUUCGAUGUGAUCCAGUCGCUUUGAAUUGGAAAAAAUUAUAUUUCAAGUUUUGAGAGACUUUUUAUUAAAAUUAACUUCCUGAAAUCUUCUCUUUUGGAAAAUUUGUCAGUGCAGAAGUGCGUGGAAUGUAAGAGAAGAAGAAAUUUCACAAAAGUUGGACAUAUUUCUUGAGUCAUCACGCAUGCAAUCCUUUUAAUGGGCGUGAAAGGAAACAGAUAUGACUGCGGGUAACCAUCAGCUUCCAAAGCAUUUCCGUCCUGCGUUAUAAGCUGACUGUGCUACAUUUUAACGGAUAUAUUCAUGCUUUUGCAUUUUUGAGGAAAAUAGUUUUGAAUAUUUCAUCGCAACUCUGAAGAAAAUAGUAUCGUGCACGUAAAAUUAUAUAAACACGUCUUAGAACAUGAUUUUUGAAAAACGCUUAGUGCUGCUCGUUCACGUUCUUUGUUUUCUCUGCGCACGUUGCGAUGAUGAUACAUUCGCGUCGUCAUGGACCACGAGCUCCACGUCAAUGGAGCCAGACUACAAUACUGAAUCUACGGAAAAUUACACAUGCUGUGAUUCUACGUCCAUGGCGAGUCUCACGAGCCAAGAUCUUGGACCUACAGACAGCCUCGAUGGUUCCACGAUUCACGAAAAUUUGACUAUGGACGACAUGCAUAAGGUAACCACCAGGGAUGGAUCCUCGACGACUAAUUUUCAGAUCGAUACCGAUGAGUCGUCCUUUUCGACUACUGAAUAUACACAAACUAUUACGACCACCGACGAUGCGACCUCUUCGACCACGAUGAAGUCAACCUGUAAUUCUGUGUGGCCAAUAAACGCAACGGAAGACACGAGGGAAGUGAUUAACUUGAAGGAGGACGAAAUAGGCACGGAAUGGAUCAAACUGUCGUGGGAACCUCCGUGUAAAACGAACGAUCGUAACAUAUCGAUAAUGUACUUGGUCGAAAGAUGCGACCAUGACAAGAAUUGCAAUGAGACGAACGAACACAACACAUCGCACAAUGCGACCAAUCUCGAUGCGUGCACGCAGUAUACGUUCACUGUGAAAAUUAUCACGGAUUAUUGGAGAUCUGAUAUUGGAGCCCUUUUACAAACAUCGACAAACGAUACUAUUUCUGAAAUCGGAGAGGUACGCUCUCUGAGUGUGGGCGCCGUCGACGUCAGUAGCGUCCAAUUAACUUGGCUAGCGCCCGAGAAACACGCGAAAUGCAUAUCGAAUUACUCGAUCGUGCAGUGCAUCGGGCAAUCAUGUAAUGAGACCGCGGUCUUCGUCGUAAAUUAUACCGCUAGCAAUCUCGAGCCGUGUACGCAGUAUAAGUUCAACGUUAAAACGGUGACGCUAACCGUGGAAUCCGUCGGUGUGAGUGUAAACGCGACAACAGCCUCGCCGAUACCGUCGGAGCCGCAAUCCAUGGAGAUAAUACCGAGCAAUUUCUCCUUGACCGUCCAAUGGGAGCCACCGCAGUCUGGCUUGACUUGUCUAAAGCAUUACCAAGUGACUAUAAUGCCCAAAAAUUCUACUUCCAGAAUUAAAGAAACGAACAUAACGUUCACGGAUUUGUAUUCUUGCACCUUGUAUACCGUAUCUGUCAACGCAGUAAAUGAGGCUGAUCAAAAUGGAAGUGUGCUCAUCAAAAGUAACACGACGACUCGGACUAGAAAAAAUCCGCCAUUAUUGCAUGAUCAAGGAGAUUUGGUUGCCAUGAAUAGCAUAUCGUUGGUCGUGAGUAUCGAGGAAGAUAAUAAUCAUUGUCCGUUAAUCUCCCUAAUAACCAUAUGCAAUCAUACAUCGACGAACGGGACUGGGUACGAGCUUUUGAUCGGUAGAUCCAUAGAAAACAUAACUUCGGAGGGUCAUGAAGGUUCUCCCCUUGUUAUGAACACGACCGUAUCGGAUCUAAGUCCUUUCACGGAGUACAUUUGCAAGUCGUACAUUUUUAAUACAGCCGGGCCCAGCGACUUCAGUAAUGGAAUUGUCGCUCGGACAAUGGAAGAUGUGCCCUCUUCGCCUCUGUUGCGCGUCACGAAAAUCACGGAAUCGCAGUUCUCUCUAACUUGGAGCGAACCGGAAUAUUUACCCGGUAUCGUGGAAAAUUACGAGAUUAUGCUCUCUUGGACGCCGCUUUUCCCUAUUCCGGCUUGGUGCGCUUCCGAAACACCCAAGAACGAUGAGAUCGUAAAACUUAACGAUACAUUAUCUUAUGAUUAUGACAAAGUGAAAGCAUACAGGCAAUACAACAUAACGAUGAGAGCAAAAACGUGUGCGGGAUGGGGAAAUGUUAGUGUUCCUCAAAUAAUCCAAAGCAAAGCGGCAAUUUCAGGUGCAGUCUCGAAAUUGACAUACACUAUCCAAGAGAAUCCGAACAAUAUAAAUAUAUUAGACACGAUUGUAUCGUGGGGUGUACCAUGUUCUUUAAACGGUGAACUCGAAUUUUUCAAUGUGUCGGUUCACGGUAUUAGAGACGGAUACGACAAUCACACUUUCUUCAUAUUAGAGAAAUGCAUCAAUUACGAGGAUGAUUACAUGUGCUUGGUAAAUCUGCAAGAACUAAGGGGAGAUUAUAAUUACACCUUUUCGGUGUAUCCCAAAACUUUACAAAUCGAUGCGCUCGGACCAGUGACUAGUAAGGAUGGCAUAUUGUAUCCUCCUGGCAUACCACCACAGCCGGAAGAGCAAUACGUGACGUGGAUCACCAUAAAUCCUUUCAAGGCGAUCAAAUCAACAACGACGGCCGCUGUUUUGCUGCCCUUGUUUCCUGAUACAAACGGCACUGUCAAGUACUACGCCAUUAUGGUGUCGGAAUUCGGACACAAUAAACCGACGAGCAUGAGGUUCGAUCUGACGAAAAAGCCAUGGCCUAACGUGUUCUCGUGGAAGGAGGCCAUGAUGAGCGACUUCUCCAUAACGUAUCAAGCGACACGUCCAAAGUGGAAUCCUUAUCCGGACUAUGUAGCUGAUUAUGGUAACAUAAAAGCCGUCAAGUUUGUAAUCGGGGCGGAGGACAUCUGCAAGGAUAUCUCGUUUAAUGAUGUAAACGGACCGCUCUAUUGCAACGGGCCCCUCAAGCCGAAUACAUGGUACCACGUUAGCAUGAGGGCAUUCACCGACGGUGGCUACGCCGAUUCCAAUUUGUUCGUGGUAAAAACUAACGCAGAACUGAAUGUCGCUAUCGUCAUUGGGAUCGUCUUUGGCAUUCUCUCCCUGGGAAUAUUGACGACGAUGAUGUUGCUCGUGCGGAAAUGCUCGCCGUAUGUAGUGUUACGAAGAUUUUUACAUCCCGACAUGCCCGGUUCACCUGUACCAGCACCGUUCACCAGAAAGAAAUUUAUAGCCCACUGCCAACAAUUGAUUGACAAUCCUGGGAAGCUCAGUAAUGAAUUUCGACUGCUACAGACGCUCAGCGUCGAUUUGCAGAUGCCGACGAAUGCUGCCUGCUUGCAGGCUAAUCGAAAAAAAAAUCGUUACUCUGAUAUUUUGCCCUAUGACUUCUCAAGAGUGAAGCUGGACGUAAUAGACAAUGAUCCUAAUACCGAUUAUAUCAACGCAUCGUUCAUAAGAGGAUAUACAGGAGAAGAUGAAUACAUAGCUUGCCAAGGUCCGAAGGAAGAAACUACUUAUGAUUUUUGGAGGAUGGUCGAUCAGUAUAACAUUAACAUUAUAGUUAUGCUGACCCAGUUGAUCGAGAAAGGCAAAGAGAAAUGUCAUCAGUAUUAUCCAACGAUUAGAGAAACCUUCCGAUACGAGAACAUGACGAUACGUUGUACGAGCGAAUUAGACUUUAGAACAUAUACUCAAAGAACACUUGUAUUACAAAAGGAAAAUAAAAAGAGAAGCAUUAUUCAAUUGCAUUUCAAAGACUGGCCCGAUCAUGACGUUCCGGAGGACUUCGAUCCAAUGAUUAAUUUCUGCCAGAUAAUGCGUCGCAAUAUUACCGCAAAUAAAGGUUUCGUUGUCGUUCAUUGCAGUGCAGGGAUUGGCAGAACAGGAACGUUAAUAGCGAUAGAUAUUCUCCUACAACAUCUCAGAGAUAAUAGGAAAUUAGAUGUUUUCGGGACAGUGUAUAGAUUGCGGCACCAGAGAAUAAAUAUGGUGCAGAGAGAAAGUCAAUACGCUUAUAUAUAUAACUGUAUCAAGCAAGUACUCAAGAAUCCUUAUUUCUUAAAAACUUAUAAGCCGCCUCCGGUUGAACCAGUGUAUGAAAAUAUCUCGAAAAAAGUCAAAGACACAGCAAAUACAGAUGCAAAUCUAGUCAACAAUCUUGAAAUACUAAAAAGGUAUAAUAGCUCCGUAUCUAUGGAGUCUCUGGAAACAAUCCACAAUCUCUUUCCUUAUUCAUGUGCAGAACAUCAAAGAAGUGCGAUAAACAGUGGUUUGAGGCAAUACAAGUCAAUGGAUGCCAUAGACGCAAAAAGUCACAGCAUUAUAGAAAAAGCCCGAACUUUGGAAAGCGUUAUUUAUAAAUCAUUAAAUUUGAAGAAUUCAAUGUGCAAACUAAGCAGUCAAAGCUUAACACAAGAAAGUUAUCCAUUGAUAACUUAUUCAAAAGAAGCUGAUUUACUCAGCGACAGUUCACAAUAUGCAACAGACAAUUUGUGAAAGAGAUGACUGGAUUAUACAAUUUCCACGUAUCAGAGAAUACAUAGAUCAAGACAAUUUGUAAUUAUAUGUAAAUAUAUAUUCUUAUAAUCCAGAAACUCUUAGAAUAAGGAUAUGUUCAGUUUAAUCAUGCACAUACUGUUUUGGUGCAAAUAAUCAAUUUUGCGCGAACAUUCCCAUGUAUGAGCAUAUAUGACACUAGAGUAUAUUAUGUGAUAUUGAUAAGUGUAAUACCAGCAAUGUUACCUGACAUAUGCCUUAAAUAAUUUAGCCCAAUUAAAAUUGGAUAAAAUGAAAGCAGAGAUUGUCAUUAAAAGGAAUUACGAGUAUAUUUGUAAAUAUCAAAUAAGGAAUUUUGUAGUCAGUUAAUAAGAAUUAUAGAUAUGCAUAUAA